AGUCUCGACAUCGUGCGCCCCCCCCCACCUCCGGGACCGCUCCCUCCCCCUUCUCUGCGUAGUCGAAGAUAAACAAUAGUUAGCCGGCGAGCGCCGAGUGUGUAUCCCGCCGCCGCAUUCGGCGGGCUGCGUGGGACCGGCGGGAUCUCGGCCAGCCUGCCAUGGCGGGGCUGUACUCUCUGGGAGUGAGCGUCUUCUCAGACCAGGGCGGGAGGAAGUACAUGGAGGACGUUACUCAGAUCGUGGUGGAGCCCGAGCCCACGGCUGAAGAAGAGCCCUCGCCGCGGCGGUCUCUCUCUCAGCCGUUGCCUCCGCAGCGGUCACCGCUGGCUCUUCCUGGCGGCGAAAUCUCGGGGAAAGGCCCGGCGGUGGCAGCCCGAGAGGCUCGCGACGCGCCGCCGGACGCCGGGGCCUCGCCGGCUCCCGGCUGCUGCUGCCGCCGCCGUUCCUCGGUGGCCUUUUUCGCCGUGUGCGACGGGCACGGCGGGCGGGAGGCGGCACAGUUUGCCCGGGAGCACUUGUGGGGUUUCAUCAAGAAGCAGAAGGGCUUCACCUCUUCCGAGCCGGCGAAGGUGUGCGCUGCCAUCCGCAAAGGCUUCCUCGCUUGUCAUCUCGCCAUGUGGAAGAAACUGGCAGAAUGGCCAAAGACUAUGACAGGUCUUCCCAGCACGUCAGGGACAACUGCCAGUGUGGUCAUCAUACGGGGCCUGAAGAUGUAUGUAGCUCAUGUGGGUGACUCAGGGGUGGUUCUUGGAAUUCAGGAUGACCCAAAGGAUGAUUUUAUCAGAGCUGUGGAGGUGACACAGGACCAUAAGCCAGAACUUCCCAAGGAAAGAGAACGAAUUGAAGGACUUGGUGGGAGCGUGAUGAACAAGUCUGGGGUGAAUCGUGUAGUUUGGAAACGACCUCGGCUCACUCACAGUGGACCUGUGAGAAGGAGCACAGUCAUUGACCAGAUUCCAUUUCUGGCAGUAGCAAGAGCACUUGGUGAUUUGUGGAGCUAUGAUUUCUUCAGUGGUGAGUUUGUGGUGUCACCUGAACCAGACACAAGUGUCCACACUCUUGAUCCCCAGAAGCACAAGUAUAUUAUCUUGGGGAGUGAUGGUCUUUGGAAUAUGAUUCCACCUCAAGAUGCCAUCUCAAUGUGCCAGGACCAAGAGGAGAAAAAAUACUUGAUGGGUGAGCAUGGACAGUCUUGUGCCAAAAUGCUUGUGAAUCGAGCUCUAGGCCGCUGGAGGCAGCGUAUGCUUCGAGCAGAUAAUACUAGUGCCAUAGUAAUCUGCAUCUCUCCAGGAGCGGGCACUCAGGGAGAUUUCACCAAUGAAGACGAGCUCUAUCUGAACCUGACUGAUAGCCCUUCCUAUAAUAGUCAAGAAACCUGCGUGAUGACUUCUUCUCCGUGUUCUACACCACCAGUCAAGUCACUGGAGGAGGACCCAUGGCCAAGGCUGAACUCUAAGGACCACAUACCUGCCCUUAUGCGUAGUAAUGCCUUCUCAGAGAAUUAUUUAGAAGUCCCAGCUGAGAUAGCUCGAGGGAAUGUCCAGGCUGCAGUCAUAUCCUCAAAAGAUCCAGAGCCACUUGAAGAAAAUUGCACUAAAGCCCUGACUUUAAGGAUACAUGAUUCUUUGAAUAACAGCCUGUCAGUUGGCCUUGUGCCUACCAAUUCAACAAACACCAUCAUGGACCAAAAAAAUUUAAAGAUGUCGAUCCCAGGUCAAAUGAAAGCUCAAGAAGUUGAAAGAACCCCUCCAACAAACUUCAAAAGGACAUUAGAAGAAUCCAACUCUGGCCCUCUUGUGAAGAAGCAUAGACGAAAUGGUUUAAGUCGAAGUAGUGGUGCUCAGCCUGCAAGCCUCCCCACAAACUCACAGCGAAAGAACUCCGUUAAACUUACCAUGCGACGCAGACUUAGGGGCCAGAAGAAAAUUGGAAAUCCUUUACUUCAUCAGCACAGAAAAACUGUUUGUGUUUGCUGAAAUAUAUCUGGAAUUUUUUUUUUUUUUCCAAA